GUCGGCACGUGGCGAUGAGAGGUUGUCGCAUCCUGUUUGGGAAGAAUUAAAGGAUUCUGUGAGUGUGAUUGCGUGUGAUUGCGUGGAGAGCGAGAUGUGAUGGUGUUACUUACAAUAAACUUUAAGAACAUAUUGCUGUCUGUCGUGUGCUUUCAAUUCAAUAGUGCAAGUGUCUGUUCAACUAGUGCCAACAUGUUCCCCUCAACGACGUUCGCCACAACGCCGACUGCCGACGGAUCGCCUCCGUUCGUGCGCAAGUUCCGGCCGGAGAUCGAUCUGCACCUUAGCAACGUUAGCCCCGAACCAAUGUCCAACGAUGGGUACGAGGGCUAUGCCGAUCUGUCCUCCCAGUCAUCCACCUCGGCCCCGAUCCCUCGACGUGCUCCAUCUCCUUCCACGUCCGUCUGUGCGCUCGGAUUCCUGCCGAUCGAUUCCGUAUCGAAGGGCUACACCCCGGAGGAAGUGUGCCUGAGGGUGGCCCAUCACACCGUCCACGGUGGCGCCUCGUCGACCGCCCGCACCACGCUGAUACGCAAAUCGUCCUCCACCGGGCUGCUCACGACGAACGAGUCGACCGGUGGCAUGAAAAGCUCGAACUGGAUACGCACGAUCAGGUUGGCGAGUGAUGUGCGCAGCUUUAACGCACUGCUGGAGCUGACCGCGACGCAGCUGCUGCGCAUAAGACUGACCGCCGACGUCGGCAACGGGGAGGAGUUGAAGCUGUGGUUCUCCGAGGAUGUGAUAGCGCACAUGCAAAUCCCCUUCCUGACGCCGGUCAACAUUCAACGUCAAAACUGCUACGUGUGCCACCUCUGCCAGAAGUCGUACGAGUAUCCGAACCCGCUGAAAAUCCAUCUCGCCACCAGCUGCAACCGCGAGCCGCUGGCGACCCUGUGGCACCGGCUGCACCAAGCCCUUGCGGCACGCUACGGUGCCCCCUUCGCGCCCCUGUACGACUUCCAGCCGUGGCGCAAUUCCGCCUUCCGGCCCGUACUGAGCGCGCACGUCGUCAAGCUGGACCAUCACCUGUCGCCACCCCCGGCAGCCCAUCGGCGGCUGCAUCAUGCGCCCGCCCCGGCAGUGGAGCGGGCAGCGGUGGCCGCGGACGAACCGACGGCGGGCGCUACCCAUCUCGUCACCGCGGCGCACCUCGAAACGAUCGUCAGCAACAUGGGCUCCUCGAAGCAGGGCCACGUGUGCAUCUACUGCGGCAAGCUGUACUCGCGCAAGUACGGGCUAAAGAUACACAUCCGCACGCACACCGGCUUUAAGCCGCUCAAGUGCCAGUACUGUUUGCGCCCGUUCGGCGAUCCGAGCAAUCUGAACAAACACAUCCGGCUGCACCGGCAGCACGAUGGGUCGCUGUACGAGUGCAGCCUGUGCGGGAAGAAGCUGGCCCGGCGGAGGGAUUUGCAGCGCCAUCUGCAGGCAAGGCACAAUAGCACGCAAAUCAUCGACCAGUCGACGACCUCCGAGGAGGAGGAGGAGGAGGAGGACGAGGAGGUGGAGGUGCGGCAGAGGAGAGGUGCUUCGGUCGGUGGUGGACGCCGGGAGCCAAACAGUUGAUAGUCGAAGGCCGAAAUUGUCGUCCGGAACGGACGAAAGUCGCUCGUUUGUUAAGUUUGGUAGCUCUUCUGCAAACAACAGAUGUUUCAUUAAAUAGUUUACUAUAUUAUAACGAAAAUGUGUGUAAAUACAACAACGCAUGAUUGCCGAAAGAAAUUUACUUGCCGUCUGCCAGUAGUACAGUUUUCUUGGGUCCGGGGUAGUGGUGUUAAAAACGGAUCUUUUUAAUGAUCGGCUCAGUUCCGGUUCAUUCAUAAAGGUGAUCCGGAUCGUUUGAUCGGAUCAAUCAUUCAAUCGUUCGUUCUCUGCUAAACCUGUCAUUUAAUGCCAAAGAGAAAGAGAACAUCUUCUACAGGGCUCUACCAAGGUUUUUUGGUUGUUUCCCAAUUAUUUUUGAAUGCUUCCCAUGGUUUUUGGUUCGUUCCCACUAUUUAUUGGGCGUUACCCAUAGUUUU